AUGGCGGGUCAAAAGCGGAAAGAGAGGGCUGGUGGUGGUGAAUUCAGAAACAACAAGUUCAAAAAGGACUCUAAGAUGAAUAAGAGUUCAAAGAAUAAUAAGAAUAAAAACAAUACGAUAAGUAAAGGGAAAGGUCCUCGCUUGCCUUCUUCACUACGAACGGAACUUGAUCGCCUGAACCCUAGAAUAUCUUCGGACAGUGAUGAUGGCAUUGAUUCCGAUAUUGGAAACGAUGUUUAUGAGUACGACGAAGAAGUGCCAGAAGAAGAAUCCCGGAAGAACCGCCGUUUUGAUCCUGUUGAGAAUUAUGAAUACGAGCUCCCUAAGGAUUUUAAGGAUGAAAAUGUGUCAUCAGAUGACGACGAUGAUGAUGGUGGCUUUGGUGUUGAUGGAAAUGAGGGUAGUCAAAAUGAAGACGAUGAAAGGCACUUGAGGAUGUUGCAAGGGAUCACUGGAAUGUCAACUGAUGCCUUUGGAGACAAGAAGAAGAGGAAUAGCAUAGUUAUAUCUGAGGCACACCCCGAGUCGGAAUACAACCCUACACGUGAUGUUCUUCAGGGUGAUGGGCACAUUACAGUUCAAGAUCUUUUGGAUCCUAUACAAGGAAAACCGGGAUAUAGCAAACUUAGAAAAAGAAUGCAACAUGUGGAUAGAAGAUCUGCAUCUGUUCAAGCUCCUCUUCCAAAGGCAGAUAGAGAGAAAUUGGAGAGGAUGGCAGUGUACGAACAUUCGAAGAAAGAUAUUACUAAGUGGGAACAUCUGGUCAAAAGGAAUAGAGAAGCUCCUACUGUUUUCUUUGGUGAAGAUGUAGACUUGGGAUUUUCAACUGUAGGGGCAAUAGCUUCUGAAUUUGAGCCUAGGACCGAGUUUGAGAAGAAAAUUGCUUCUUUGGUUUAUGAUGACAAAGUUAUGGAAGCUCAUAAAGCAGAUGGUUCUAAACUUCUGGAAUUAAAUAAGAUAUCCGAAGAAGAUUACAUUAAGCAUCGGGAUCAUGUAGCCAAAAUGCGCAGUCUUCUUUUCCGUCAUGAAAUGAAGCAGAAACGCAUCAAAAAGAUCAAGUCCAAAACCUUUCAUCGUUUAAAGAAUAAGGAUAAGCUAAAAGCGGUAUCUGUAGAAAUGCUGAUGGAUCCAGAGACAGCCAAAGAACAGGCUAGGAAGCAAGAGUUCAAACGAGCUGAGGAGCGAAUGACUUUGAAGCACAAAAAUAAGUCGAAGUGGGCAAGACGUAUUUUAGAGCGUGGUUUGAAUGCCCAGGAUGAAGGUACUCGAGCAGCUAUGGCUGAACAGCUUCACCAUCAUGCUCUUUUGACGAGAAAAAUUAACACUGUUAAUGACAGUAGUAGUAGCAGUGAUAACAGUAGUGACGAGGAUGACGAGGGUUCAAACGAGGAUAGGGCAUCUGAGUUGCUAGAAAAAGCAAAAGAGAAAACACUGAAAGUAUUGGAAGACGAUGAAGAAUUGCCCAAUUCUGGAGUUCUUUCUUUACCUUUCAUGGUUCGUGGAAUGAAGAAAAGAAAGGAAGAAGCCAUGGAAGAAGCUAAGCUUGCGCUUCAGGAGUAUGAGCAAUUGGAGGGUACAAAUGGUGCAGUAAAUUCUAAACCUCCCAUUGCAACUGGUAGAAGGGUUUUUGGUAGGGCUGAUACUGAAGUUCCAGAUUCUAACAAGAAGACCAAAACUGAUAAGAUGAAAGUGGAUAAUUAUUACGGUAACAGUGAUAGCGAAGAUGAUUUCGAAGCCAAAGAGAAUAUUAACAUUGAGGGUAGUAGAAGAAAUGAUGUUGAGAAGGAUGUUGCCCCUAAUUUUGAUAGGAAAGAAGCAACUGAUGUCUCUGUGUUCAAGAAUUUUGAUGAAGUUGUUGGAGACCCCGGUUCAAAAACAACAUAUGAUGUUGCUAUUUUUGCUUCUGAUUCAUGGAGAAAGAUGAAAAGUGGGAAUGAAGUUGAUACAAAUGUCAGAAAGUUGCCAGAAGUCAAGGAACCUAUUGCGCUUAAUCAAGACGUGGAGGAGGGAGAAGAGGGAAGUGAUUCAGAGAGCGAACAACAAAUGGUUGAUGGUAUUUUGACCUCAGGCCCCAAGGAAUCAUAUGAACUCCCUUCUCAAUCAGAGCUCAUUCAACUUGCUUUUGCUGGGGAUGAUGUGCAAGAAGAAUUUGAAAAGGAUAAACGGGAGAUCUUGAAUGAGGAGAACCCUGAACCAGAUAAACCUGUUUUGCUCCCGGGUUGGGGCCAAUGGACUGAUGUACAGAGAAAAAAAGGUUUGCCUUCAUGGAUGCUUAAAGAACAUGAAGAUGCUAAGAGGAAGAGGGAAGAAAUUCUUAAGAGAAGGAAGGAUGCACGUCUUAAGCAUGUCAUUAUCUCCGAAAAGGUGGAUAAAAAGGCUGAGAAAUUGCAAACAAAAACUUUGCCCUACCCUUUCACAUCGAAGGAACUGUUUGAACAAAGUAUGCGCAUGCCGAUUGGAUCUGAAUCAAACCCAGAGACUGCAAUCAGAAGUCUUAAUCGGCCAGAAGUGGUGAAGAAACCAGGGGUAAUUAUAAAACCGAUCAAGUUUGAGGAGGCGCAUCCUCAUGAAAAGUCCGAGGAUAACAAACGGAGAGGGCAAAAACCGAAGAAAAAUAGAAGCAAAGGUGCUACUAGCAAGAACAAGAAACAAUGAAAGACGAGCAAGUAAACUCGUAAAUUUCCUUUUUAAGUGUUUUCCCCCAGUAUUUGUAGUAAAUUCAUUUGGUCCAAAAACAUCGAGUUUUUAAGGAUAAAAGAAUGGAGAGCCAUGUUAUUUUGAAUCAAUUAAGCCUUUUUUUCUC